UCUCGACUACUAGAUCUAGUAGAAAUCUUCAGGGAAUACACUGAAUUCGGCCGUAUCCGCCAUACUAGUACUCUACUAGCCUCUCAAGUAGCAAACCUCGAAAAUGCCACUAAACGGAUCGAAAUUCAAGCAAGAAUACAAGCAAAAACUGCCCCUACGAAGCCUAUACAAGCUAUACAGGCUAAGCCUACUUGGGCUAGUAUAGCUAGGAAUGGCACUAGUACACUUACUAGUAGCGGUAGUACUCGUGGCACUAAUACUAGUACUCGUGACACUAGUCUAUAUAGCAUACGUAAUGCUAAAAACACAGCCCUCUCUAGGAAAUGCACCUUCCUACUAGCUCAUAUAGAGCAGGCUACUUCCUUUUCAGCUAUUUCUACUCGCAAUUCGCUUAAUACUGCUUUCCGCUCUAAGGGAAUCAAGGGACUAGUAAUCUCUAUGGUCUCUCUUUCCUCAAGGGGUAAUAUUAUAGUAAAUACCACCCCGGAGUUCAACUCUGAUUUUCUGGUUUCAAAUAUUGAGAUUAUAAAGGGGGUGCUUCCCUUAGUUAAAAGCAUACAAAAAGGAGAACCAUGGUAUAAAGUUAUUAUCUAUAGUAUACCUAUUCGUGAGUUCAAUAUACCCGAAGGAAUGGACUUAGUCCUAGAAGAAAUUAAGACCUUUAAUAAAGGACUAGAGCCUAUUAGCCAGCCUUAUUAG